CCGCGGCUGCAGCGCGCAGCUGACAGGGGCUCGCGCCUGGCCACGCAUUCGCCUCCCGGGGUCUCUCCGCCCUCGCUUCUCCAGCCUGGUCCCUGCAGGCUCCACGGGCCGUGGCCUGGGCUGCAGCAGCCGCUUCCAGCAGUGCCCGGGACGGAGGGACGCCCGCCCCGUCACGUGCGCACAAGUCCUCCGCCGGCCGAGGCAGCGUGGUUCCCAUGGUUCAAGGUAGUUGAUGGAGAAGUGGGCGGAUGACAGCCGGGACUGUGGUCAUCACUGGGGGCAUCUUGGCGACUGUGAUUCUACUCUGUAUCAUUGCCGUUCUGUGCUACUGCCGGCUCCAGUACUACUGCUGCAAGAAGGACGAAUCCGAGGACGACGAGGAGGAGCCCGACUUCGCCGUGCACUCGCACCUGCCGCCCCUGCAUUCCAACCGCAACCUGGUGCUGACCAACGGGCCAGCGCUCUACCCGGCUGCCAUCACCUCCUUCAGUCAGAAGUCCCCACAGGCCCGCGCCCUCUGCCGCAGCUGCUCCCACUACGAACCACCCACCUUCUUCCUGCAGGAGCCAGAGGACGACGACAUCGAGGGUGUGUGCAACGGCGGUGGCCGCGUGGCCUACAAGAGCAUCAGCCAGGAGGACGUGGAGCUGCCCCCUGGGAGUUUUGGGGGCCUGCAGGCACUCAACCCCAACCGCCUCUCUGCCAUGCGUGAGGCCUUCUCCCGGAGUCGCAGUGUCAGCACUGACGUGUGACAAUCCCCCAUCCUGCCCAGGCACCCAGCCCUGGAAGGUCCAGAGGACCAUGGCAGGAUCGCUAUGGCACACCCUGGCCCCACACCCAGACCUGAGCUCAGCCAAGUCUUCCCUGCAUCCCUGUCCUAGGGGGCCCAGGUGUGGGGAGCCCCCAGACCCACUACGAGGAUAAGGCCCAGUGAGCCAGGUGUGGCAGCUGUGGAUAGGGGCAGCUGGCACCUGGAGGGAGGCGGGUCUGAUGUGGGGACCUGUGCGAACAGGAGGGCAAGGUGGGGCCCUGCUGGCACACAGAGGCCGGGUCCUGUUUCCAGGAGGUGGGAAGGUGGCCAUUGCCAACCCCAGCAACUUGGCUCUCUCUGGCUUCAUGUCUUGCCAAGCCUUGGAUGUCCUCCCUGUUCAAGGGAGGGAUGGCCUCAUUAGUUGCCAGGGGCCCUACAAACGUGAACCUUCUGUAGAGACUAUGGACCAAAUAUUCUGCCCCUCCACCCUGAGUUCCUCUUCCUUCCCCAGCCUGCCCCUGCCCGUCUCUCUUCCACCCUGAUUCUUCUCCCCCCUCUCUUUCCCAGCCCCUCAUGUCUCACACCCCAGGUGCCAAGCAUGGGUUCAGGCCUGAGAUGCCCAUUGGUCUGAGCUCCCUACAGAUGGACAGGUCUUCCCAGAGAAGGGAGAGUUUAGGGGGCAGCAGUAUUCUUAGGGUGCUGUUCUGCCCUUGAUCUGUUUUUUUGCUGAGAGGAAGCACAGACUUAUGGGGACACUGCUCCGGGAGGGUUGAUACUGAAAUUCACACACCCAGCACUCAGCCCUAAACCCAGCCAAUUGGCAGGCACAUCCAACAAGGCCACCUAUACCCCACGGGUCCUCAGCUGCCAACUUACCUUGAAUCUUCAGCAGGCCAUCUCACCCCUGGGUUGUGUCCCCAUCAGUGUGUGGUGAGUGGCUGGCUUCAAAAAGCCGUUUAAACUCUGGUUCUCCUUGGGACCCAAGAUCCUCAGGGGACACAGCUCUAGGUCACCCCUUUCCUGCUUUCUGUUUGAAACAAGGCCCCUGAGCCUUGCUGUCCUGUGCAGGCUUCAUCUGCACCCUUGUUGUCCCAGGCCCUCUACGAGCUGAGGAAAAACUGGCGUCUCUGAGAGAUGCCCCAGCCCGGGGCCCCAGGAAUCAGAAUAGCUCUCUUCCCCCCGGGGGAGGCAGCAGCAUGGCCCCCAGAGCCCUUUCCCCCCAAGGGCUCUUUCUCUGUCUCUCUCAUCUGUGCCCUGCUGUGGGGCCCCAGGGGAGCAAGCGCCUUUUACAGGAUGGUGGCCACCUCUGCACUGGACAGCAGAACAGGACAGUCCACACUUAAAAGUGCACAGACGUCGCACCGGCAGUUGAACCGAGCUAGUGAUGAGCGUCUCUGGCAUUGUUGAAGUUCUCUCCCUUCUCCGGCUCUGCUUGGUCUUGCUAACAGUCCUAGCCCACUUUCCACUUCCUUUGUCCUAUCUCACCCUUGCAAUGCGUGGGGUGCAGAUGAGGGUAGGUGGGGGACACUCCGGGCUGCUCCGUCUCCAUCUCCCAUCCUUUCAGACCUCUGCCAUCUCUGUAUUGAUUCAUAGACCUCUUUGAAAUGAAUUACGCGUCCAUCCUUUCCACCUCGCUCUGCACCUCUACGGGCCCUACCAGGGAGCCACAGUGCCCCUGGGAAAAGCAAAAGCCAAUAAAUUUUGUUUCCCAUCCCA